AUGAACAGGCCACAGCAGCCUUACGCGGUCAUUCCGCCAGUGCUAGAAUCUGGCUGCAAGUCAGGCCCUGCGAGGGUCGCCAAUUGCAUCCUCAGACCAGCUCGAGGAGGACGCGCUCAAGUUAUGCCCCUUGAAAACAUCGUGGUUCGCGGCGCGCGCGAACACAACCUCAAGAACGUAGAUGUCACCAUUCCACGCAACAAACUCGUGGUCAUCACGGGUGUCUCCGGCUCCGGCAAGAGCUCGCUUGCAUUUGACACCAUCUACGCAGAGGGACAGCGACGUUACGUGGAGUCACUGUCGGCCUACGCUCGACAGUUCCUGGGCAGGAUGGACAAGCCCGACGUUGAGUAUAUCGAGGGUCUGUCGCCCGCAAUCUCAAUCGAUCAGAAGGGAGUCUCCCACAACCCGCGCUCCACGGUCGGUACCGUAACUGAGAUCUACGACUAUCUCAGGCUACUGUUCGCGAGGGUAGGGCGCCCCCAUUGUUACAAGUGCGGACGCCCUGUCGAGCGACAGACUGUCCAGCAGAUAGUCGACGCCGUACUGGGCCUGCCAGAGAAGACCAGGCUACAGAUUCUCGCGCCGAUGGUCAGGCGACGCAAGGGCGAACACAAGGAAGUGUUCGAGAACGCACGACAGGCAGGGUUUGUCAGGGUGCGCGUUAACGGCGAAGUACACGACCUCAGUGAGCAGUUCGAUCUCGACAAGCAGAAGUGGCACACCAUUGAGAUCGUAGUAGACCGUCUGGUUUCCGGAGACAGCGCGGACGUCGGACGAGUCACUGAAUCGGUGGAAACUGCUCUUCGCAUGGCGGGCGGAAUCGUCCUGGUAGAUGUGGCUGGCGAAGAUGAGAUGCUCUUCUCUGAACACUUCGCAUGUGUCCACUGCGGCAUCAGCCUCGGGGAGUUGGAGCCCCGCACUUUUAGCUUUAACAACCCGCACGGAGCGUGUUCAACCUGCACAGGACCGGUACCGUCGCUUCCGUGGAACCUGAGUCAGCUCGAAUCCCUUGGCAGAGAGUUCGGUUUUGAGGUGGACGAUCCAAUUGAGAAGUUCACGAAGAAGCAACUGAACGCUUUGCUCCGUGGCACUGGCCGAAAGCGCAUUCGCAUAACGCAUAAGACACAACGGGGACGCACAUACCGCUGGGAUACACGAUUCGAGGGUGUCUUGAACAACCUCGAACGCCGUUACAUGGAGACCGAGUCAGACCAUGUCCGAAAGGAGAUCGAGAGAUACAUGUCGGCUCGUCAGUGCGCCGACUGUGAUGGACAGAAACUCAGACCAGAGGCUCUAGCCGUCACAAUUGGUGGGUCGAACAUAACGUCCAUGACAGAUAGCUCCAUUUCCCAGGCACUGGAGUGGAUCACAGUCAUAUCCGGCGACUUCCCAUCUGCUAACGGCACCAGGCCUGAAGACGUCCUCACCGACCGCGAAAAAGCCAUAGCAGAGCAGAUUCUCAAGGAGAUCGAAGCAAGACUUAGGUUCCUUCUGAACAUCGGGCUUGACUACCUCACACUCUCUCGGACCGCAUCCACUCUGAGCGGCGGCGAGGCACAGCGAAUCAGGCUGGCAACCCAGAUAGGGUCUGGGCUGAUGGGCGUGCUCUAUGUGUGCGACGAGCCUUCCAUCGGACUCCAUCCAGCAGACGAUCACCGUCUGAUCCGCACACUCCAGAACCUGAGAGACAUCGGCAACACGGUGCUGAUCGUCGAGCACGACGAAGCGAUCAUGCGCGCAGCCGACCACAUCGUUGACCUGGGCCCGGGUGCUGGUGAGCACGGCGGACACGUUGUUGCUGAGGGCCCCGUCGAUGCCAUCAUCGACACCCCGGACUCUCUAACCGGUCAGUAUCUCGGCGGCACUAAGCAGAUUCCUGUGCCCACCGAACGCAGGCAAGGCAAUGGCAGGUCCAUCACCAUCAAGGGCGCUCGGCAGAACAACCUCAGGGACAUUGACGUAGAGAUUCCAAUGGGCCAGUUGGUCUGCAUUACCGGAGUGUCCGGUUCCGGUAAGAGCACACUUAUCUACGAAAUUCUAUAUAAGAAGCUUGCCCAGUCUCUCUAUCGAUCUCGUGAGCGUCCCGGAGACUGCGACUCGAUAGAAGGCAUAGAAAACAUAGACAAGGUCGUCAACAUUGACCAGUCACCCAUUGGCCGUACGCCACGGUCGAAUCCUGCAACCUACACCGGCACAUUCACGCCAAUUCGUGAGCUUUUCGCCACGGUCCCAGAAGCUCGCACCCGCGGCUACAAGCCGGGCCGAUUCUCGUUCAAUGUCAAGGGAGGCAGGUGUGAGGCGUGCACCGGCGACGGCUACAUCAAUAUAGAGAUGCAGUUCCUGCCGGACGUGACUGUCCCUUGCGAAGUCUGCACCGGCGCGCGAUACAACCGUGAGGCUCUAGAGAUUGAGUGGAAGGGCGCAAACAUCGCCGAGGUCCUGAACAUGACUGUGACCGAGGCGCUCGAACAUUUCGAGAACAUACCGCGCGUCAAGCCCACGCAGCUCAGCGGUGGCGAGGCCCAGCGCGUCAAGCUAUCGACCGAGUUGUCGAAGCGCGCUACAGGGCAGACCCUGUAUAUUCUCGACGAACCAACUACCGGACUGUCCUUCGAGGACUGCUCCCACCUGAUGCGCGUUCUUCAACGUCUCGUAGACGCCGGUAACAGCGUCGUCCUUAUCGAGCACCACCUCGACCUCAUCAAGAGCGCCGACUGGCUCAUCGACUUGGGCCCCGGCGCAGGCGACAAGGGAGGCGACAUGGUCGCCCAGGGCACCCAGAAGACCUCGCCGCAAUGGACCACUCACAGACGGGCCACUAUCUGCGGGGAGUCCUUCCAAGCCUGGAGCUGA